GUCAGAUGAAGCGUUUGAAUAGAGAGAUCUUUCACACAACCACUCCUAUUUGACAUACUAGAUAUAUCAAGUCGUCUUCUCCGGCCACCACUAUCCGGCCGUCUUUAAGCUCAACCUGCCGGAAAACCGAUCGUUUCUUUAGGAAACAUGUUCAGAACAGCAUGAGCAACCAAUAUCGAUCAUCAUGUCAUUAUCGUGCUCUGACUGCUUCUCCGAUUUACUCUGCGGUGAGGACUCUGGAAUAUUAUCAGGCGAGGAUCAACCGGAGUGCUCUUAUGAUUUCGAGUAUUGUGCCGAUUUCGACGAUUCAAUCGCGGAGUUUAUAGAGCAGGAGAGAAAGUUCGUUCCAGGAAUCGAUUACGUCGAGAGAUUUCAAUCUCAAGUUCUCGAUGCAUCUGCUAGAGAAGAAUCUGUUGCAUGGAUCCUCAAGGUCCAACGUUUUUACGGAUUUCAGCCGUUGACAGCGUACCUCGCCGUGAACUACCUGGAUCGAUUCAUCUAUUGCCGUGGCUUCCCGGUGGCAAAUGGGUGGCCCUUACAACUCCUAUCCGUGGCUUGCUUGUCUUUAGCUGCCAAAAUGGAGGAACCCCUUGUUCCUUCCAUCGUGGAUCUUCAGAUCGAAGGUGCAAAAUAUAUUUUCGAGCCAAGAACAAUAAGGAGAAUGGAAUUUCUUGUGCUUAGUGUUUUGGAUUGGAGGCUAAGAUCCGUUACCCCGUUUAGCUUCAUUGGAUUUUUCGCCCACAAAAUCGAUUCAACCGGGACGUACACCGGUUUUCUUAUCUCAAGAGCCACCCAAAUUAUUCUAUCAAAUAUCCAAGAGGCUAGUUUACUUGAGUACUGGCCAUCAUGUAUUGCUGCGGCAACCAUACUUUGUGCAGCAAGUGAUCUUUCUAACUUCUCUCUCAUAAAUGCCGAACAUGCUGAAUCAUGGUGUGAUGGCCUUAGCAAAGAAAAGAUCACGAGCUGUUACAGACUAGUACAAGGAGUGAGUCGGUUAACGACUAAAGUUUCAAAGAUGUUACCAGUACAGGUCCGAGUCAUGACAACUCGGACCUGUACUGCUACAUCAGGUGACUCAUCGUCCUCAUCCUCAUCGCCUUAUAAAAGGAGGAAAUUGAAUAACUGCUCGUGGGUUGAUGACGAGGACAAGCGAAGCUCUAUUUAAAGGAGACGCCGAUAUAAAUAUAAAUAAAUAAAUAAAACAGGGGGCAGAAUGGGAAUGGAAAUUUGGAUAAGAAAAAGUUAACGAAGAGUGAUUUUAUUAAUUUAUUUUUAGUAGGUGAGAUGGGCAUUUGCCAUAAUUCAUAAAUAUGGCUUUGCUGAUUCCCUAGGGAAAGGGGAGUUUGGUACAUAAUAUUUUGGUGUGAGAAAAUUUGUUUAGUACAAAGUGGGAGUCAGGAUUUCAAAGGUGGCAUUCAUUGUUGAAUGAAUCAAGAUUGAGGGGUGGAGCGUCUGUGGGCCCCCUCUUCCAUACACACAUCAACAAGAUAUUAAAAGAAAACUCAAUUACGAGUCUAGAAGAUAACAACCUUUUUUUAUAUAUAAUAUAAUUAUAUAUAUAUAUAUAUAUAUAUAUAUAUAUAUAUAUAUAUAUAUAUAUAUAUAUAUAUAUAUAUAUAUAUAUAUAUAUAUAUAUAUAUAAAUACCAUAUCUUGUUAACUAACAACAAGAUUUGGUAAAAAUAAAAUAGAAAUCAAGAAUCAUCAGCUGCUGGAUUCUUUGAUUUCUGGUGAUCGGUGUAUCAAGAACUAGUGAUGCGGAAAAGAUGAUGAAAGGCUCCUAUCUUUUUUUUUUUAUUUUUUUGAAGAUUAAUUUUGAUUACUUAUAAGAAAGAAGAAGAACUGAAGAAGACAGAUUUGAUUUUCGAGAGUGGUUUGAGAGAUGAGAAGAUUCAUGCUUGGGUUUAUAAGUGUGUCUUCUCACACGUGUGCAUGUGUGUGUUUUUUUGGCGGGAAACGUCCCUAUUAACCUACAUAACGGGGACUUUUUUGGUUUUUUUCCAUCUUCCGUUUUUUUAGGAGUGAUGUUCACGCGUGUGAUGGUGACACGUGUUCAUGUAAUUCUUUUUUUUUUUCUCUUUUUCUUUUUUGAUUUAAGAGAUGGGUUGCGGGUACUAAAAACGUGCCUUUCUUCUUAAUGGCCUGAAUUUGGGCUAACCAUACAAAAAAGGUCUUUGGGGCCUUUUUUCUUUAUUGUUAAUUAUUUUUUUGUUUUAUUAAGCGUGUUUGUAUUUGUUAUUUGGAAUAUUCACGAGAUUAUAUAAUUAAAUCAUGUUCCCUCCA